CGGUUUACGCCUGAAAAUGUAACAGCCAAGCAUUCCCAUCUCCGCCCCAUUUAUAUCCCUAAAAAGCAAAAACCCAGUCGGGCCACCUCUUCUUCCCCUAGUUCACCACGGCGGCUCUCUCUCUCUCUCUCUCUCUUUCUCUCUCUCUCUCUCUCUCUAUGGUCUCUUCGACGCUCGCAGACAGAUGAUAUGCACAACAAUUUUAAGGGGCCGAAUCUACCUGCGAAACGCAUGAAAAACGACAUUUCGCUUGAUUUGAAGACGAUCGUUGUCUUGACUAGCUUCAUUAUCUGUGUUCUCUCUCAGAUCAAAUUAAAUCAAAUCAGUCCGGCUUAUCUCCUUCCCAAUUUGCAUAUGUAUUGAAAAAUAUCAGAAUCCUGUGCUAUUUCACAUAUAUUUUUGAGUGAUGCUAAGUUAGGGUUUUAUAUUUUUUUUCCUAGGGUAGCUGAUUUCAAAGACUCUUGCAUGAGUUGUUGUACAUUUUUUUUUUAAUUUUGUUUUUUUAUUUUCUUGAUUACGGGGUAUGUGUAAGGUUAGAAAGAUUAGGGUUAGGGUUUUGAUUUCUUAGGCAGCCUUGUAUUGCUUGUUUUGGUGAUGGAAAUGGAGAGUUCUCGUCGAUCACUUGAAAGAUCGAGAGAACUGGGUUUGAAGAAACCCCGAUUGGUUGAAGAGGCUGAUCGUGAUCGCAACCCAAACGGUCGCGCCUUACCUCCUCGCCCUGCAGCUUCUGGAACCAGUUCGUUGCCAUCAAGGUUCCGAACAAGCGAGAGAGAUGCUGAGAGGGAUUAUUCAAGUCGAGGAGGUGCUUUUCAACAACAGCAGCAGCAGCAUCAGGAGCUUGUGAGUCAGUACAAGACUGCACUUGCUGAGUUGACGUUCAAUUCGAAACCAAUCAUCACUAACCUCACCAUUAUCGCUGGCGAGAACCUGCACGCAGCGAAGGCCGUUGCUGCCACCGUGUGCGCCAACAUUCUUGAGGUACCUAGUGAGCAAAAGCUGCCAUCACUCUAUCUCUUGGACAGUAUAGUGAAGAAUAUUGGCAGGGACUACAUUAAAUACUUUGCUGCCAGAUUACCUGAGGUAUUUUGCAAGGCAUAUAGACAGGUUGACUCUUCAGUUCAUCCUGGUAUGCGGCAUCUUUUUGGAACUUGGAAAGGAGUUUUCCCUCCUCAGCCUCUUCAGAUGAUUGAGAAAGAACUUGGCCUUCAAUCGGCAAUUAAUGGAUCAUCUUCAUCAGCCUCAACAUCUAGGCCUGAUUCACAGUCGCAACGGCCACCACAUAGCAUUCAUGUGAAUCCCAAAUAUUUAGAGGCAAGGCAGCGUCUUCAGCAGUCAAGCAGGGCAAAAGGUAUGGCCAAUGAAAUAACUGGAUCUGUGGCUGAUGCAACUGAAGAUAUGGAGAGGCUGAACAGAAUGGCAGGCAUGGGUACUACUAGGCCAUGGACAGAACUUUCCGUUAAAAUUCAUAAUACUCAUCGUCCCCAUAGGGAAGUGCUGAGUGAAUCUGUUCAUGAGAAGACAAUAGGUGCAGCAUAUGGAGAUUAUGAAUUUGGUUCUGACGCUUCAAAGCCUUUGGGCUUGGAGACUGGGAGAGCCAAUGAGAGGGCUACUGAGCUUGGGCAUGACAAGCAGUGGUAUGGAGCUGGCAGUGGCGUUUCAGAAAUUUCCCGCCAACGAAAUGGUUUUGAUAUUAAGCAUAAAUUCCCAAGUUAUUCAGCAUCCAGAUCUGCAAAUGCUGAUGUGCAUCCACCGCAAACACAGAGCAUUGCAAGUAAACCCAGUAGUGGGAUGUCUUGGAGCUGGAAGAACUCUGAGGAGGAGGAGUUCAUGUGGGGUGAUAUGAACUCUAGGUUGACUGAUCAUGGUGCAGCAAAUAGCAUGAUGAAAGAUCGAUGGAAUCCAGAUGAUUCCGGAAAAUUGGAUUUUGAAACCCACCUCCGAAAACCGGAAAGCAUGAACAACGUGGGGUCUAGGGUUGAAAGAGAUGCUCCCACUGAUUCACCAUCCCAAGAACGGAAUGAACAUGCAGUUUUUGGACCUAGGACAUCAUCUUCAUGGUCAAUGCAGGAACCACACUCGAUGGAUGGGCUGAAUCUGUUAGGUACCAGUACUAGUUCUUUGCCCAGCAUGGGACUGCGACCGCAAAUGGGGUCUUCUCAUGGCUUAGCCUCUGGUGCUGGCUUGUUUGCCAAUGCCUUGGGUUCCAGUGGAACCACAGGGCAACAACAAGGGCGUCACAGUCAUGGAAAUGCAUCACCUUCUGGACAGUCACUCAUGCUCCAGCACCCUUCGUCACCGUCAUUUUCAGCCCGCCACCCACACCAACUAUAUCUCAAUUUGGCUGAGCAAGACAAUAAUCAAACUCAGUCCCUACCCCAGCCUGAUUUUAAAGCAUCCCAACUUUCUGGGCAGUUUAACAUAGGACAUCAUAAUCAAGUCGCUCGGGACACAGUGACUAUUCCAGCUCAUAACAUUCAACUGAGCAACUUGCAAAAAUUACAGCUUCAAAAGCUGCAGACUUCAUCUCCUUCAAUACCUUCUUUUCAAUCAAAGCACCGAAUUCCCUGCUCACAGCAGAUGCAGGUUGAUCUUGCACAACCUGAAUCUUCUGCUCAGAGCCAAAAGCCUCUUUUGCCUCAGAUCCCAGCUUUUGGAAGUCACUCAUCAAUGGUGAAUUCUGCUGCAUCAGAACAUUCAAGUUCUCUUGCUGCAGAAGUCCCUGGACAGUCGAACACAAGUAGUCUGUUGGAUGCCGUCAUAAAGAGUGGAAUUCUCUCCAAAACUUCAGCUACUGGUACUGUAUCGAAACUGAGUUUUCAAGACACGGGGCCAAUGCUAUCACAAUCAACUGUUCAGCCUCCUCUUCCAAGUGGGCCUCCGCCUACCCAGUUUACUUCAUCAGGGCUUAUAGUUGCAUCUACAGCUUUAUUAGGUCCUCAUUCUCAUGAGAACUCAUCAAAUUUUGUGAAUCCUUCUCAGAGAAAGUUUGAACGACCACCACUUCCGCCUGGUCCUCCACCUCCAUCUCUUGUAGGUGGUGCAUCUGCACAAAUUUCAAAUGUUGGGAGUAACACUGUGAAUCCAAUUACAAAUCUUUUGAGCUCAUUAGUUGCAAAGGGUUUGAUAUCUGCAGGAAAGACAGAGUCACAGGGCGUGAUAUCUGCAGAAAAAACUGAGUCUCCCAGUGUCAUGCCACUCCAAGGGCCCAAUCAAUCCAAGAGACCAGGUUUAACCACUACUAGCUCUAUGACUGUUUCUUCUGCUCCAGUUUCCUCAGUCAUUGCUGCUUCCUCUACCACAGAUGAGGCUUCUUUCUUGGAGCCUGAUGCUAAAACCAUGCCAGUUUCUUUGGCUCCAGUUCCCUCUGCUGUUCUUAUUUCAUCUGCCAUCAAUGAGGUUUCUUUCUCAGAACCUAAUGUUAAAAGCUUGGUUGCCUUACAGUCCUCCACAGCGGAAGUUAAAAAUAUUAUAGGCUUUCAGUUUAAGCCAGAUGUAAUCCGAGAAUCACAUUCUUCGGUUGUCAGUGGCCUCUUUGAUGAUCUUCCACAUCGCUGCAGCAUAUGUGGCCUCCGACUUAGACUUAAAGAACGGCUUGAUAGACACUUGGAGUGGCAUGCUUCAAGAAUUACUGAGUCAGACAGUUUAGGUAGUGCAUCAAGGAAAUGGUAUGUAAACUCAGGUGAGUGGAUUGGUGUAGGACUUCCAUCUGGGUUUAAGUCCACUUGUUUGGUGGAAGGGCCUCGAAAUGCAACAGAAGAGAGUGAGGAGAUUGUAGCUGCAGAUGAAAGUCAGUGUGUGUGUAUUUUGUGUGGUGAGCUGUUUGAAGAUUUUUACAGUAAAGAGAGGGAUGAAUGGCUGUUCAAAGGAGCUGUGUACAUGACCAUUCCAUCUCCAUAUUAUGACGGGAGACCCGCAAAUGAGACUUCUGCGCAGGGGCCUAUUGUACAUGCACAUUGUAUCACAGAGAGCUCAAUUUGCGAUGUGGGAUUGGCAAAUGGCAUUAAAAUGGUAAGCUUCUUUAUCUUGACAGAGGAUGUCAGCUGGUUUGACUUUAUUGUUGAUGGUUUGUGUAUUUAUCCAUUGAGAUAUUAAAGCCCACUCCAUUUGAUGUGCUCUACUCCAUGAUUUUCCUGGUUGAAUUCAAAUAUGAUCUCUUUGAUCCCUUCAUGUCUGUUGGAUUGACUUGCUCAGUAAAUUUGCCCGGGAACUUUGAUUUACAUUGUUUAUGAUUGGCAAAGGUGAGUGAACAAUUAAAUAAUUUUGCUGUUUUUUGGUGAAAUAUUUUCAAUUUUUUGUUCUAUGCUUUUGAUAUUUUGAUGGCUUAAAGGCCACAGUCAAUAACCAUGUCAUUUAUUUAUUCCUCAAUUUUCUCUUUUGCAUGAAACCUCUGUGCUGACAUUUGGGAUUGCUUGAAGAUGGUUGCAUGCCAAUUUUACCUGGUUUUAAAUGUGCUUUCAUAUUUUACUUAUGGAUGCAUCAUUAUCGUUCCCUAUUUUAAAAUAAUUCUUUCCCAAUAACUUUUCUCUUUUGCAUGAAACCUCUGUGCUCUCAUUGGGGAUUGCUUGACGAUGGUUGCAUGCCAAUUUUAACUGGUUUUAAAUGUGCUUUCAUAUUUUACUCAUGGAUACUCCAUUAUUGUUCCCUAUUUUAAAAGUAAUUUUUUCCCAACAACUUUCGGAGGGUUCCGUUGCUGCAGUUGCUAACAACAACAUUAUUAUUAUUAAAAAAAUAUAAUGAAUAAACAUGUCAUUUGUCAUUCUUUUUCUCUAAUCAUGGAAAUUUUAAUUGUCCCAACUUAAGGAGGCUUUAUGGUACUUAAUCUAGAUUUAGGACAUGGACUUCUGAAGAUUGCUUACUGUUGGCUGAAGUAAACUGCUUUCUUACCAUUUCUCUCCAUCGUAUUCACAUAACCAUUAUUAUUACUAUUAUUGUUAUCAUCGUCAUCAUUAUUAUUAUGAUUUAUUUAUUUAGCAUUAUUUUUGAAAGAAGGCGAGAAAGAAUAUAUAUUAGCUCAAAAGGGAUAUGAUUACAACCAGAAAAAGAACAGAUGAGUAGAAAAUUACAGAACUUCCUAAAUCUCACAACUCCUGACUCAUGAGAUACAACAUUUUGUAUCGUCUACAAUGCGAAAAAGAAUCUCAUCUCUUCUAGAGGACAAAUAUUAAAAAAACCGUUCUAUUUUUGAGUUUCGAGAUGUGAUGCACACUGACAGUGGUAGUGAUGCAGCACAAAUCAGUUGUCAGGAUUCAAGCUGCAGAGUUAUUAUUAUUGUUAUUCCUUUUUCUUUGUUCUUCUCUCCCUUCUCUCUUUCUCGCCCUCCUUUUUGUAAGUAGUUGCCUCCUAGAUGUGGUUCUUUCUGAUGAAUGAUUGAUGACACUUGCAUUAGCUAUUGUUAUUGAUUUUUUCCUUUAUUUUUUUAUGUUUUUGGUUAGGAGGAGGAUGGAUAAUGCUUCAAUAUGGAAAGGGUGACUAUCAUUGUGCAGGUGUGGUUGGUUGAAGCAGGCUAAGAAAGUCUGGUUUACUAUUUGUGGUAUAUUUGUGCUUGGGAAUGCUGAUUCACCUUUGGUGCAAAAUGGUGCUAAGAGCUGUCCAGUUAUGCCUGCUGCCAUCUGUUUCAUUUCUCACAAUUUUUUUUUUGAUAAUUUAAAGAAAUAUAUAAAAUGCCAGGUACCUUGCAUCUAUACUUAUCUGAUGUGGUUUAUGUGCUAUUACUCCUUUCUUAGUUUGGGACUUUGCUGAAGUAGUUUUGCAGUUAUGAACAACGCCUGAUGCCAUUGACAUGGGGAACAAAAACCUGCCACAUCCAUUUUGCUUUGAAAUCUGCUGAUGGCAUGCUGCUGUAUCAUAAAAACAGUAAAUGAUCUCGACCUGUUUUGUUGUUUUUUUUUUUAAUCCUUUUUUUGUAAGUUUUUAACUUUCUUUGACAUUUUUUUCUGGAAUUACAUUGGUUGUCAAACAACAAUCGAUUGUUACUUGGCGUUUGAGAAUGGAAUUCUUCUCCACUAGCUUUCUGGCGGUAGUUGGCGGAUGGUUUACUCUCUUGUUGAUUAUUAGUAUUAUUAUUAAUCUUUUGUAAACUUGAAAACAUUGACUAAUGCAAUGUUGUACUACCUUGGAAAAUAUGGACUCCUAUUGGAACGCCUAGGGUUUGUUAGUUGA